AUGAUUUCUUCCUUCCGAUCUCCCUCCCUCGUCCAACUUGUCACCUUUUCCGCUUGCUUAUCCCGUUUCCAUUGUCCCUCCGCCCCACCUUCAUUCCCCCGCUCCUUCUCCUUCGCAGCUCCAAUCGAUGCUCAACCAAAUCCAUCCGUUCUGCACUCCCCUCCCCCGCACCCCCUUCUCAUGCACUCCCCACCCACACAUUCCCCGUUCCCCGCUCUUUCCCUGACCCAGUUCCAAGCAACGCUAAAGCACAUCCACUACGCGUGCUUCGAAGAUCUCUUCACGGCCGACAUGAAGCAGCUGCUGCAGACUCAAGCCCUUCCCAUCUCCCCCGCCUGCCCCGCUUUCUCCCCGCUCCUUUCCACCCACCCUUUCCCUCCGAUGCAGCUGCAAGCGACGCUCAAGCAAAUCCACGACGCGUGCUUCGAAGACCUCUUCACGGCCGACAUGAAGCAGCAGCUGCAGUCGCUGCAGCAGGACGGCGCGGGCAGCGGGGGCGCGGGCGUGCGGCGCAGCAGCAGCCUGGGCACGCCGUACACGCAGAGCCAGUUCCCCGCGGGGCAGCUGGCGGACGCGCUGGGCAUGGACGGCGGGGGCGCGUUCCGCAAGGAGCAGGAGGCGCUCGCGCUGGAGAAGCGCAAGGCCGCGGAGAGCAGGGAUAAGACGCAAGAGGCGCUCAUGGAUCAGCUGAUCACCAUUCUGAUGCGCAUGGAGCGCGAGCUCCCCGCCUUCAAGGAGUCCCAGGCAAAGCUGGCCCGCGAGAGAGCCUCCGCAGCAGCAGCAGCCAGCUCAGGCGGCGGGCAGCGCGGCAGCAGCGGCCUCUCAGGCACCUCGUCUGUUCCCAAGUCUCCUAAAGAGCUUCUCAGCCCCACCCGCCGCCGCAUGAUGCUGCUGGCAAACGCUGUGGACGAUAUGACUGGGGAUGCUGCUGGGCUGUCGCUCACUGGGAGCGGCGGGAGCGGGUCGGCGGGGCGGGAGCGCCGAAGCAGACGGUCAGGUGCGGAGGGCGGUGGUGCGGGGGAGGGCGGGCGGGAGUCGCAUGAUAGGUAUGACUCGCAGACCCAGCAGCAGCAGCAGCAGCAGCAGCAGCAGCAUUCGCGGUUUAGGGACGGGGAGGGGGAUGGGGGCGGGCGGACGGACGACGAUCGGCACAAGGACCGGAACAGAGUGGUACGAGGGGAGAGGGAGCAUAGGAGGAGUACCGAGCGGAGGGACCGAGGCAAAGACGAACCUGGUUCCGGGACUGCCAUGCCAGGUUCUAAAAGCACUGGGGGAGCAGGCGUUGGCGACGCCCGCUCCAAGUCACCGUUUGACAUGGGCGGCAGGAAGGGCGGCGACGAUUUGGAGUAUAUGGAUGACCCGACACGGGCUCGAAGCGGCAGUUCGAGUGGGAGGGAGAAGGAUAAGAUGGGGAAGACGGGCAGUGGGGGGAGCUCUGCUAGUAGCGUGAGUGGUGGGUCACGUACCCGGUCUAAGACUGGGCGUACUAGCAGUGUGGAUAAGCCCGGGGGGAACGGGGAUAUGGGGGGAAUGGCGGGGGAGUUCGGUGGGGAGGGCGGCGGGACAGGUGCGGAAUGCUCGGAUCCGGAAGCUGACCUGGCGGCGUAUGAUCCCGAGGCUCCGCAGCAGAUCGUGCAGAAUCUGCUGUUUGGGUCGGCGGAGGAGAAGGGCCGGGCGGCGGGGCUCGUCGGGUGGUACGCAUCGAUCUCAGCUGCGAACCGAUCGACGUUCCGAGAGGCUGGUGCUGUAGAUGCUCUGCUGCCUCUCGCCGUGGGUGGGCCGAGGGACCCUAAGGGAGCGGAAUCCGCGCUUGCUGCUCUGUUAAACCUGUCAUCCGAUGAGAUGGGGAAGCAGGAGCUUCUCACACACCUCCCGCUGCUGAUCCAGGCGCUCAAACGCGCGGAUUUCUCCCCGGCAGCCGGCUCAUCCGCUGCCAACGUCAUGAAAUGUGCCGCCUCGUUUUCAGACCGCGCCCGGGGACUGGUUAUUGACGCAGGAGCAGUCCCACCAUUGGUGAAGCAGCUCACCGGAUCGAACAACGAAGGGAUGCAUCCGGGGUAUGAUACCCCGUCCAGGCAGGCUGCAGCAGAGGCUGUGGCGUGUCUUGCUCAGUGCGAGUCGCAGCGGAGCAAGCUGGUGGGGGAGGGGGUGAUUCCCGCCCUGGCGGUGGCGCUACAGGCGAAUCUGAACAAUGAAACGGUUGUCGCCACCUGUCAAGCGCUCUCACGGCUUGCGACGGUUCCGGACGGGAGGGAGGCGAUGGGCGAGGCGAUCCCGUCGCUGGUAACCGUGUUACGGCUGGAUUACCCUGCGGCGGUGAGGGAUGCGGUGGAGGCGCUGCUGCAGCUGGCGAAGCACAGCCCGACGCACAGAAGCAAUAUCAGGAACAGCGGAGGCAUGCGGUACUUGCGGAAUGUGUUGCGAUCGGGCCCACCCACUCUCCAUCCAAAGGCUAUGGAGCUGUUGGCAGCUCUUUUCUCCUAA